AUGUUCAUGGCGAUAGAAGUGUUCCGGUUGAUGGAUUUGCUCGAGUUGUUUUGUUUCCCAGCAGAAAACGUAUUGCUCGUGCUCAUUGGUCACCCGAUUGAACGCGAACAUAAUAUGCGUUUGAGCCCGCUCAUCAUCAACAAAGUAUUUUGGGAACAAAUCCUUCUCACGCACGAUACGAACUGGACGAAUCAUCUUCUGAGGCAAGUGAAGACGGUGACUUUAUAUGGAUCGGGUUGGCUGACAGGCGUGGACUCGUAUGCGGACGGCAUGUUGCUACCUGAAAGGAGAACUAGGUUGGAACGGAAGGAAAGAGAAGAGGGGAUACUGUAUCCCGCUAACACGACGUUGACAGUAGCCAGCAGAAGUACAAGAACAAAUGGCAUCUCUCAACUCAUUCCCAUGCAAUAUCCUUCCAUGUCACCUGAGUUCAAGAGGAAAUACUCGGAACUAAUGAUCAGUCUAACAACAGGAAUUCCUGAUACCGAUUGUCUCAUCUGCUUUUCAGGGGAGGAGCAAGAAAAGACGAUUGAAUUCGAGACAACAUGCCAUAAUGAUUAUCAUUGGAAGAACAAUCAUCAUCCGAAGUACGAUGAGCGACUCUCAAAAAAGAAAACGGGAUUUGAAUACUUUGAUGACGAUAGUAAGUUUUUUUGGAAACAUAUAAUCCUCAAGCAGGCGCAAGCUCGUCAGGCUGCUGGAGGGCCGGUCUUCGAUCCAGACAUGUCGGAUUUCAUGAGACGUUUCUUGGAACAUGCGGCGAAGACAUCUAUCAUUCCGGGGUUCUCAAAUGUUCCAGGGUACGAGGAGGAGUUCAAGAAGAUGCAGGAAGCGUUGAAAAAUAAGGAUCAGCCGAAGGAAGAGAAGAAGAAGGCCGACGAACAUGGAGCCGGAUGCAGCCAACAUUAA